AUGUUGUCAGAAAAAGUCAGAAACAUCAUUGCCGAACACCGGCCAAAGAUAUCUCCCGAAAUUGACCCUUCAACCCUCUCCAACUAUACCGCUUUCAACAUUGGUACCGUUUAUCUCAAGUUUGAUGUCGAUUUCGAAAAGAAGAUCGUAGCUGGUGAAGUCCGCUAUGCUUUGGAAAACAUUGGGGAUGCGAAGGAAGUGAUCUUAGAUACUUCGUACUUAUCGAUCCAAAAGACUACCGUGAACGGAAAAGUGGUUGAGUUCUCCGUGCACGAGAGAAAGGGACCCUUGGGAUCGCCCUUAUCAAUCCCGCUAGAUGAGAGCACUCAAAUUGAUUUGGCAAUUGAGUUCGAGACUACAUCGCAAUGUACAGCAUUGCAAUUUUUGGAAAAAGAGGCCACCGAUGGAAAGAAUGCUCCGUACUUGUUUUCCCAGUGCCAGGCCAUCCAUGCUAGAAGUUUGUUCCCGUGCUUCGAUACUCCUUCCGUGAAAACUAAGUACGAGUAUGAGGCUACAUCUGAGCUUCCAGUCAUAAUGAGUGGCCGCCCACAGUCCGUUCAGGGCAAUGUCUAUAAGUUCUCGCAACCAAUUCCUAUUCCUUCUUACUUGGUCGCAAUUGCGUCUGGAGAUAUAGACAAAUUGCCUAUUGGUCCUAGAUCGCAUGUUUACUGUGAGCCAAAGCACUUGGGUGCUUGUCAGCAUGAGUUCAAAGAAGACAUGGAGCCAUUCCUUGUGGCUGCAGAGCAGCUCGUUUUCCCAUACCCCUGGGAUCAAUACGAUGCACUCGUGUUGCCACUGAGUUUUCCCUACGGUGGUAUGGAAAAUCCCAACGCAACAUUCGUGACUCCAACUUUGAUAAGUGGCGACAGACAAAAUGUAGAUGUUAUUGCUCACGAACUUGCUCACUCUUGGUCUGGAAACUUAGUGACAAAUUGCUCUUGGGAGCAUUUUUGGCUUAAUGAAGGCUGGACUGUGUAUUUGGAGAGAAGAAUCCAGGGAUCUAUACACGGAGAACCCACCAGACAUUUCUCUGCAAUUAUCGGCUGGUCUGAUCUUGAAAAUUCUAUCCGUGCCAUGGGUGACUCAGCAAAGAGAUACUCAACUUUGGUGCAAGACUUGAAAGACAGGAGUGACCCUGACGAUGCAUUCUCUACUGUUCCAUAUGAGAAAGGUUUCAACUUGUUAUUCCUUAUUGAGCAAACUGUUGGCGGCAAAGAGUCAUUCGAUGCAUUCAUCCACCACUAUUUCAAGAAAUUUCAGUUCAAAUCCUUGGACACCUACCAGUUCUUGGAUGAAUUGUAUUCCUUUUUCUCUAGCAAAUCAGACCAGCUAGACUCAAUUGAUUGGAAAUCGUGGUUAUACAAACCAGGUAUGCCUCCUACUAAGCCAAAAUUUGACACUUCUAUGGUUGAUGUAUGUUAUUCCUUGGCAGAUAAAUGGUAUCACGCAGUGAAAAAUGAAGAGUCUUCCGACUUCCACAAACUCUUCAAGGCACUGGACAUCGAAUACUUCACAGCCAACCAAUCUGUCGUCUUCUUGGACACCCUUGCCUCUUAUGAAAAGGAUGGCAGCCUCAAGUGGACCUCCAAAGCUUUGAAUGCAUUGAGCGACAUCUACUCGAGCUACUCCAAGAACAACAACGCUGAGGUGUUGUUCCGUUGGUAUGUUGUACAAGUUCAGGGCCGCAACACUGACUUCUACGAUAAAUUAGGUGAGUGGUUGGGAACAGUUGGAAGAAUGAAAUUCGUCAGACCCGGCUAUGUUUUGCUCAACAAAGUUGACUCGAAAUUAGCUGUCGAAUAUUUCCGUAAAUUCGAGAGCCGCUACCAUCCCAUUUGCCAGGCUAUGGUAAAGAAGGACUUGGGAUUGGCAUAA